ACACGAGACGCUCAACUGUCAUUCGGAGCUCGAGGAGUGCGUGUGGAGGUAAAUAACACGAGGCGAGCACUCUGAGCUCCUCGCGGAACAACUGGCAGAGCUGAUACCCAGACAGAAGCAACAUGUCACAUCAGGCGAUGAACGGGUUCGGGGGCAAGGUGCUGACCCUGGAGAACAUGAACCCCAACGUGAGGAAGGUGGAGUACGCGGUGCGAGGAGCCAUCGUGCAGCGCGCCGUGCAGAUAGAGAAGGAGCUGAAAGAGGGAGUCAAGAAACCUUUCACAGAAGUCAUCAAGGCAAACAUUGGUGACGCCCACGCCAUGGGUCAGAAACCAAUCACAUUUUUCAGACAGGUCAGACAUCUUUUGAGUGCCUUUUAA